AUGAGCCAGCAAGACUCGUCCCCGUUCGUCAUCACCACCGUCCUGGGCAGCAAGACCUUUGACUUGGAAGCCAUUCAGGGCGGUGCCGGUGGUGCCACUGCGGGCGCCUCGGAAACCCAGGAGCUGGCCUGGCCGUACGUACCCUACGACUAUGAACCUCCGGCGGGUGCGCAAGAGGAUGCUGUGAGUCAAGUUGCGUACAUUGGCCUGCUGCUCAAGACGCAUGCGCCGCCUCACGCCGAGGACGACCUGGAGCUGCUCUCUCUGCUGCUCCUCUCGCUCGAGACUCGCGGCGACCUCAGCCGGCGCGUGCUCCAGUACACAGACGCCGAGCAUGCAGUCAAGGCCGUGUCCAGGAAGUGCGACAGCCCGGAAGCCAACGCCCUCCAUCUCGCGACACGGGCCAAGGCAUUGGUGGGCCACUGGGACGCCUGCAACAGAAGCGACGACCCCAAGAAGGACGCCACCGGUGACAUCUCGUAUCCACCACUGAAGAGCCCCUCGGCCGCCGGCAAGCCGGAUAAUUGGAAGCUUGCUCUUAGCGAAAGCGCCUCGUCCGACGCCGACAGCAUCUUCAAGGCCAUCAAGAUGGAGCGUGAGCACGCUUGCUCCUACUUUCGGCAGCAUCGCCCCAAGCCCAUGGCCUGGCAUCCCAAGACCGCCGAUGCGUGGAACAAGGUCGAUCGCAAGGCGGCUCAGUCCGGCGACAUGUACCACUUGGCCGACUUCAUCCCCAUCUACAUGGGCUACGACCUGCAGGCUAUGGACGUGCCGUUUUCAUGGAAGAACCCGGACUGGGACGAGUCCCAGGCGGCGCAGUACGCCGAGGCCUUGGACUUGAAGCGGCAGUUUGCGAACACCAAGGGGUCGUAUCCCCUGCGGAGCGAGGACAUUCUCCAAACCCCGUAG